AGGAGGGGCCGGACCGAGCCCGGAGCCGCCGCCGCCGCCGCCCCGCCGGGCCCCGCCAGGGCCCCGCGCUCCCCCCGCCGCGGCCAUGGAGCUGGCGGACGGCGUGGUGUACCAGGAGGACCCCGGCGGGCCCGGCCCCGCCAUGAUGUCGGAGCGGGUGUCGGGGCUGGCGGGCUCCAUCUACCGCGAGUUCGAGCGGCUCAUCGGGCGCUACGACGAGGAGGUGGUGGCCGAGCUGAUGCCGCUGGUGGUGGCCGUGCUGGAGAACCUGGACUCGGUGUGCGCGCACAGCCAGGAGACCAGCGUGGAGCUGGAGCUGCUGCGGGACGACAACGAGCAGCUGCUCACGCAGUACGAGCGGGAGAAGGCGCUGCGCAAACAGGCCGAGGAGAAAUUCAUUGAAUUUGAAGAUUCUCAAGAACAAGAGAAAAAGGACUUACAGACCAGAGUGGAAGCAUUGGAGUCACAAACUCGACAACUUGAACUAAAAGCAAAAAACUAUGCUGAUCAAAUUAGCAGACUUGAGGAGCGGGAGGCAGAACUCAAGAAGGAGUACAAUGCACUGCAUUCAAGGCAUACAGAGAUGAUUCACAAUUAUAUGGAGCACUUGGAAAGAACCAAACUUCAUCAGCUAACAGGGGGUGAUCAGCUAGAAUCCACAACACACAGUAGAAUUAGGAAGGAGCGUCCAAUAUCACUGGGCAUCUUCCCAUUGCCUCCAGGAGAUGCCCUUCUCACGCCUGAGGCUCAGAGAGAAGCAGCAGAAACACCUGCAUCGGAGCACUGGAAAUUCCACGAGCUGAGCCAGCCACGGUCCCACACCAGCCUGAAGGAUGAGCUCUCUGAUGUCAGCCAGACAGGCUCCAAAUGUACUACUCCAGCAUCCACAGCUGCUUCAGAUGUGCCUGUGCUGCCUGCUGAAACUCCUCAGAAGGAAAAUGUUGAAGGGCUUGCAAAGGACACAGAGAUGUCGAAUGAGAAGGUGGACAUAAGCAAGAAUAUUGAAGUACAGGCAGCUCAAGAGACAAAAAAUGUGUCCACUGGGGGAAAUGAAAAUGAAGAAAAAUCAGAAGUUCAGGCAAUCAUUGAGUCAACUCCAGAGUUGGAUAUGGAUAAAGAUCUCAGUGGAUAUAAGGGUUCCAGCACUCCUACCAAAGGCAUCGAGAACAAAGCGUUUGACCGUAACACAGAGUCACUCUUUGAAGAGCUGUCAUCUGCUGGUUCUGGCCUAAUUGGAGAUGUGGAUGAAGGUGCAGAUUUGCUGGACCAUAAUUUCUUUGGAAUGGGACGGGAGGUUGAAAACCUUAUUUUGGAAAAUACUCAGCUGUUGGAGACAAAAAAUGCACUGAAUGUAGUGAAGAAUGAUUUGAUAGCAAAGGUGGAUGAAUUGACCUGUGAGAAGGAUGUACUACAAGGUGAACUGGAGGCUGUAAAACAAGCAAAACAAAAGCUUGAAGAGAAGAACAAGGAACUGGAAGAAGAGCUGAGAAAAGCUCGUGCAGAAGCAGAGGAAGCAAGACAGAAAGCUAAAGAGGAUGAUGAUAGCGAUGUCCCCACGGCGCAGCGGAAGCGUUUCACCCGGGUGGAGAUGGCCCGGGUCCUGAUGGAGAGGAACCAGUACAAGGAGAGGCUGAUGGAGCUCCAGGAAGCUGUGCGAUGGACUGAGAUGAUCAGAGCAUCGAGAGAAAAUCCAGCCAUGCAAGAGAAGAAGAGAUCGAGCAUUUGGCAGUUUUUUAGCAGGCUCUUCAGUUCCUCCAGCAAUACAGCAAAGAAACCAGAACCUCCUGUCAAUGUUAAAUACAAUGCUCCAACCUCGCACAUUACUCCGUCAGUCAAGAAAAGAAGCAGCACCUUAUCUCAAUUACCCAGUGACAAAUCUAAAGCCUUUGAAUUCCUCAGUGAAGAAACUGAAGCCAGUUUAGCCUCACGCAGGGAGCAGAAGAGGGAGCAGUAUCGCCAGGUGAAAGCACACGUGCAGAAAGAGGAUGGCAGGGUGCAAGCAUUUGGCUGGAGUCUACCUCAGAAGUACAAACAGGUGGCAAAUGGUGGCCAGGGUGAAAAUAAGAUGAAAAACUUGCCUGUACCUGUUUACCUGAGACCUUUAGAUGAGAAGGAUACCUCUAUGAAGCUGUGGUGUGCUGUAGGGGUGAACCUGUCAGGAGGGAAAACACGGGACGGCGGGUCUGUGGUUGGUGCCAGUGUGUUCUACAAUGAUGUGACUGGUGUGGAUGCAGAAGGCAACAAGCAGCAAACAGGAUCUCAGAGUAGCUUAGAUAAACUAGACCAGGAGCUCAAGGAUCAGCAGAAGGAACUGAAACAUCAGGAAGAAUUAUCCAGUCUAGUUUGGAUCUGUACUAGCACACAUUCUGCUACAAAAGUUAUCAUAAUUGAUGCAAAUCAACCAGGAAAUAUUCUGGACAGUUUCAUUGUUUGCAAUUCUCAUGUGCUUUGUAUUGCCAGUGUGCCAGGGGCAAGGGAAACAGACUAUCCUGCAGGAGAGGAAGGGUCUCAGGAAGCAGAUCCCAGUCAAGUGGACAAGUCCUCUCUGUGUGGCAGCAUGACCAGCAACAGCUCUGCUGAGACCGACAGCCUGCUGGGGGGCAUCACCGUGGUGGGCUGCACUGCAGAGGGGCUCACGGGGGCACCUGCAGCUCAGGAUGCCAACGGGGGCUCCCCAGUGGCAGAGAAACAGUCAGAUAUUGCAAAUGAAAAUAAUUUAGUAGAUGAGAACAUUCCAACAGCAGAGGAGGCAACAGAAGCAACAGAAGUCAAUGCAGGGACAGGAGAAGACACAGCUGAUAUUGCACAAACUGGAGUCUACACAGAGCAUGUCUUUACAGAUCCUUUGGGAGUACAGCAUACAACAGAGGCAUCUCCAGUGUACCAGCCUAAUACUGAGUCAGAGUUAUAUAAAGAUGUUGCAGUUUUGCCAAAUGAGCAAGAUCUAGUGAGAGAAGAAGCACAGAAAAUGAGUAGCCUUUUACCGACCAUGUGGCUUGGAGCACAGAAUGGAUGCCUGUAUGUUCAUUCGUCAGUGGCCCAGUGGAGGAAAUGUGUUCAUGCCAUUAAACUUAAAGAUUCUAUUCUCAGUAUUGUACAUGUAAAAGGAAUAGUGUUGGUUGCACUGGCUGAUGGAACACUGGCAAUCUUUCACCGAGGAGUUGAUGGUCAGUGGGAUUUGACAAACUAUCACCUCUUAGACCUGGGCCGGCCGCACCACUCGAUACGGUGCAUGACAGUGGUACAUGACAAAGUCUGGUGUGGCUACAGGAACAAAAUCUAUGUUGUUCAACCAAAGGCCAUGAAAAUAGAGAAGUCAUUUGAUGCCCACCCAAGGAGGGAGAGCCAAGUGAGGCAGCUGGCCUGGGUGGGUGAUGGGGUCUGGGUGUCCAUUCGCCUGGACUCCACCCUGCGCCUCUACCACGCGCACACGUAUCAGCACCUGCAGGACGUGGACAUUGAGCCCUAUGUAAGCAAAAUGCUAGGUACUGGUAAACUGGGAUUCUCAUUUGUGAGAAUCACAGCUCUUAUGGUGUCUUGUAAUCGUUUAUGGGUAGGAACAGGAAAUGGUGUCAUCAUCUCCAUUCCAUUAACAGAAACUGUAAUCCUCCACCAGGGACGUUUACUGGGGCUGCGGGCUAAUAAAGCAGCAGCAGGCUCUGGAAACCGUCCAGGGAGUGUGAUCCGUGUGUAUGGAGAUGAGAACAGUGACAAAGUGACUCCAGGGACGUUCAUCCCCUACUGCUCCAUGGCACACGCACAGCUUUGCUUCCACGGGCACCGCGAUGCUGUGAAGUUCUUUGUCGCUGUACCAGGUCAGGUUGUUUGCCCACAGAGUAGCGGUGGGACAGAGCUAACAGCUGAUAAACAAGCCCAAGAGUCCUUCAACCAGAGUCCCUUAAAAUCAAUGUUGGUGAUAAGUGGUGGAGAAGGAUACAUUGACUUCAGAAUGGGUGAUGAAGGAGGAGAAUCUGAACUCCUUGGAGAAGCUCUACCACUUGAACCUUCUGUAGCCAAAGCUGAGAGGAGUCACUUGAUAGUGUGGCAAGUCAUGUGUGGCAGUGAGUGAGCCCGUAGGAUGCAGCUGGAGACCUUAAAAAAACAAAAAAGAAAAAAAAAAGGAAAAAAAAAAAAGCUUCUGCAUGUUUUUUUUUAUUUUGUGAACCUGUUUCACUACAUGAUGUUGAAGCAUUUCUUUGCUGUUUAACUUUAUAUUGCAAAUCUGUCAUACCUUUAACUAUACAGGAAUUAGCUUGUGCUGUUUUACUGCACCCGUGUUACAUGGAACAGUAUAAGGAAAUCAGAUCUUUCUCCAACUGAUGUGCACACCAUAGUGAGCAGCUGAGGCAUUACUUUUACUGUACCACAGCAACCUAAUGUGUUCACUUCUUUGGUAGCCUCACUUGAGUUUGGCUUUGUUACAACUGAGCUUCAUUUCACUGUAUAAUGCAUUGAGUAAAACAGCAAAGUUAUUCCCAGAGUAUUUAAAAAAAUGGACAAAUUAUAAGAUGGAUUAUUAAGACUCAUCCAAAUAUUCAGUGAGGGCUAAAGCAAACUGUAUAUU